AUGUCUCGCGAGGAAUUGCUACUGAUCGUUCGCUCCUGCCACAGCUUGAAUGCCGCCCAGCAGCUCCACGAUCGCAUCCGCGAGCUGAUCAAGUACCCCGAUGCCCACUUCUCGAAUCACGUCGUGGACAUGUAUGGGCGCUGCGGCAGCGCCCAUCUCGCCCAGCAAGCGUUCGAUGGCAUCGCCUCCAAGAAUUCUUCGUCCUGGAACUUCCUCCUUGCCGCAUAUGCCCGAAAUGGGCAUUUGGAAACCGCCAAGCGCCUCUUUGAUUCCAUCCCGCAAAGAAAUCGUUUCACCUGGAGCAUCAUGCUAGCGGCUUUCACGAAAAGCGGCCACGUGGCGGAAGCUCAGGAUCUCCUUGAUAGGGCUCCAGAAUGGGAUCUAGUCUUCACAACCGAGAUGCUCACCGCAUAUGCCCGAAGCGGGCACCUUGAAAAAGCCGAAAGAAUCUUUCACAGCAUGGCCGAGUGGGACCUCGUGUGCUUCGGCGCGAUGAUAACGGCAUAUUCGCAGUCUGGACACGUGGCAAGAGCCGAGAGAUUCUUUGGCUGGAUGCCGGGGUUGAACCUCGUGUGCUGGAACGCCAUGCUGGCUGCUUAUGCCCAAAACGGGCAUCUGCUGCGUGCCAAGGAGCUGUUUGACCGGAUGCCACGUCGGAAUCUGCUGACUUGGAAUUCUAUGCUGGCGGCGUGCUUCCAUCACGGCUGCGAGCAGGAGGCGAAAGAGGUGUUCGAUCGCAUGCCGGAGUGGGAUCUGGUGUCGUCCACGUCCAUGGUGACGGAAUUUGCCAGGAUCGGACGGUUGCCGGACGCCAUGCGAUUGUGGGAGGCGAUUCCUGAGCAGAAUCGCUUUAUUUCGACGGCGAUGAUGGCCGUGUGCGGAAAGAACGGAUUGUUGGUUGAGGCCAAAGAGAUCUUCGAUCGGAUGCAAGAGCGUGAUAUGCCGUCUUGGAAUGCGUUGCUCUCUGCGUAUACCCAGAAUGGUCAUCUUGUGCGAGCUAGAGAGGUGUUUGAUUUGAUGCCGCGGCGAAACAUGGUCUCGUGGAACACAAUGCUGGUGUCACUUGUCCAAACGGGCGACCUCGACUCCGCAGAGAUGCUGUUUUAUAAAAUCCCACAGCAGAAUAUCGUCUCGUGUACGGCAAUGCUCGUUGGCUUUGCCGAGGGUGGUAACCUCCACAAAGCCGCUAGAGUGUUCCGUACGAUGCCCACACAGGACGUGGUUUCAUGCACGGCAAUGGUUUCUGCAUAUGCCCAAUCUGGGCAUCUGGAAGAUGCUCAUUUUCUUCUCUGUUCAAUGCCGGUCCAGAACCUUGUUUCGUGGAACGCAAUGUUAUCUGGCUACGCCAACUUUGGCCAUCUUGAUGAAGCGUAUUCUUUGUUUGUAAGCCUCCCUGAAAAGAAUCUAGUUUCCUGGAACUCAAUGCUCGCAGGAUAUGCCCAAAACGGGCAUGCUGAAGCCGCAGUGACGGUGUUUCACGGCAUGCCCGAGAGGGACAUCGUGUCCUGGAACUCCUACUUGGGCGCGCUCGCGUUUAACCGGGGUAGCGUUCGCGUCGCGCUCGCCCAGUACGAAUCGAUGAAGCUCACGGACAAUCCCGACGAGGUGUGCUUCGCGAUCGUGUUGCUGUGUUGCAGCCAUGCCGGGAAGAUCCGGGGCGGGAUCCAGCGCUUCCUGGCGAUGAGCUUCGAUUUCUCGGUGGCCGUGACGAGGAAUCACUACUGCUGCCUAAUCGAUCUGUUUGGGCGCACUGGGCAUCUCGCCGAGGCCGCGGAUUUGAUCGCCCAUAUGCCAUUUGAGCCCGAUUCUCUGGAAUUGCGAUGCCUGCUGGGGGCGUGUAGGACGCAUGGGAAUCUCGAGCACGGCGCGCGCGUUGCGAGCUUUGUGCUGGGAUUGAGAGGGGAAGAAUGCGCCUCCUCCUAUGUGUUCCUCGCGAGCAUAUACACGCACGCUCUCAAAAUUUAG